UGUCGCUGAGACAGAAGCCUCUAGAAGUGUCCCGAAUACAACCACCAACAGCUGGUGGGUAUAAAUGGCGCUGAAAGGUCUCCUCAGCCGACUAAAGGUACUUGAGGCGUCCAAUACAACCUCGGAGAUUUCAGUUGAAGAGUUUGUGUGGCAUCUAACUUCAAAAUGACCGAACCAACGAGUCCUCCUGAGGGUAAAGGCAAUGCCCUUGCUCUCUCACAAAAAGACAUGUUUGAGAAGAUGGAGGAGACCUACAGGGUAUGUGCUGCCUGUGAUAGCAAACCAGCUCAGUUAGCGGAUCCCAAGGCCCUAAAACGCUGUGGAAAGUGUUUGAAUGUGUAUUACUGCUGUAAGGAGUGCCAGAGGAAGCACUGGCCCCAACAUAAGAAGCUAUGUAAGACACUCAGCUGGGCAGCCAUCGACAGGCGGGUAGAGUGGCUCAUCUACAAAGGUGAUCUCCCGUUCCCCACGGGGCCAUGGACGCGUCCCACUGCAGAGAUCAACAGCUGGGAAGAGUGGCUCUCCAUGCAGGGGGAUCUGACCUCUCGAGUGGACCCCAUCCUGUCUGGGAAGAGCAUGGCCGAGCUUUGGCACAACGCUGGCCGCUCACGCCCAGGGGAGGCCGAUCUGAGAGCGUCGGUGUGGCGCGUGUGCAGCGAGUUCUUCUCACGGCCCCUGACCAUCGGCCUUGCCAUCAGGCACUUCAAGCUGGACCCUUACUCCCGCCCGCUCACCAUUCAUCUGGUGGGGGCUGCUCACAGCGAGACCCUGGGGGCCCGAGUCACUGACAUGGACGAGCUGAGCCACAUGUUCCCUGGACACCAGGGCCUGGAGGUGGUGAUGGUGGGACCGGAGGUGGUGGAGGGGAAGGCCAUUCGCCCCCCACUGAGAUCCUUUGGGCCCAGAGGGAAAUCCUACAUCAGCGGCUACAAGGGCCUCUACCACCAGUUCUGGGAGAAUGUGGUGGAGAAAGGGGAGGCAGCGAAACCAGACCUGGUGGUGGGAUUUCACCCAGGCUUGGAUGCCAGUCAGGAGAAUAUGGAUGAGGUGGACAAAGUGUACCAGGGCUGGUUGCCAACUCUGCUGCUCCUGCGAGAUUACAAUAUACCCACGCUAUUCACCACCACAGAAGAGCCUGAGUUGGAGUACACCAUUCAGGUCCUGAUGGAGUUGGAGAUGCACAUCCAGGCCACAGCGCUGAAUCCCUUCAAAUCUCAGAAGCCAGAGCAGGUGCAGGCCUGCCCCAACAAGCCUCCAGUCUACUGCAGCGCCCACUACAUCUGCUUCCAGGGGCUGCUGGAGAGAGAGGAGGAGGAGGAGGCUGAGGAGGACUAGGCCUCAGACCACACUGCUGGAGCACUGCUACUGUGAUGGACGUUGUAUUGUGUGUCUGCGUGUGAAGGUGGACAAACACUGACCGUUUCCUUUUAACAUUGUGUGUGUGCGCGCGCGCGUGUGUGUGUGUGUGUGUGUGUGUGUGGCUUACACACAGUGGAGCACAAGGGCUCUUCUGGUACCAGGGGACAAUGGAUUAUUUGCAUGGGCAAACAGUGUUCUCUAAAUUGCCAACGUGGCUUCUACCUGUAUUUGAAUACUAUCUUAUUGAAAGUGUUCUGUUAAGGAAAUUGUAGAAUUGUUCUCUUUGUUCACUGGAUACGAAUGCAUUUUGUGCUCUUUUUAUACGAUUUGCAGGGCAUUGCCAUGCAACCCACAUUUUGGCUAAUUUGCUGGCUACAAUAUUUUGUAUUUGUGUUAGGCAGAACACUCACUGUGUACAGUACAUAAUGUACUGUAUAGUCAACAAAAAACUACAUUAAACGCCACUGGAAAAAUAACAAA